AUGGAGAUACAGAAUUGGAGACGGGAGCUUGACACACCAAUAGAGCAAGGCGGACUUGGUGCUCCUGGUGUUCCAGGUGAAGGUGGGAAAUUUACAUCACGUGACCAGCUGAUUCAGGUCGUCACGAGCAUCAUCUACACGUGCAGUGUGGGGCAUGCGGCGGCGAACUUCAAGCAGUAUGACGAAAACGCCUUCCCCUUGAAUUAUCCAUCACUGCUUCUCGGGAAUUCUCCAAGCAACAAAACAGAACGUUCCGAGAAGGACAUCAUACAGGCGAUCGAAAGCAGCCGACACCUGGAAAUCAUGGCGACCGUGAAAAUUCUCAGCGAACGUUCAACCAUGGCACUUUGA